AUCCUCGUCCUCCUCAUCUCAGCCCACAAGGACCGGACUUCAGCCCCCUGAUGAGCAGCAUGACGGCCCGGGAGGAGCUGGAAGAGAAGCCCAAAGUCAAGAUGCUAUCUCCGGGCUUUGGGAUCGAUAAAUCCCGGCUGAACGGCACCGGGUUCCGGUCAAAAGGCUUCGCCAUCACCGACCUCCUUGGCCUGGAGUCGGACCUCCAGGCGCGGCAGCAGCCCGGCGGGCCCCCAGGUUCGGGACUUUCUAUGACGGGCUCAGGGCCCGGGUCGGACCCGCCCGGGGUCGGAGGCGGACUGGGCGGGUUUUCCUUCCCGGGGGGGUCGCUGCCGCUCGGCCUCGGCUUCCUGUGCAGCCUGGCGGCCCAGCAGCCCGCCGGCGCGCCCUGCUUCCUGCCGGGACACCUGCCGCUGUUACAGGCCCGGGCCGACAGCCACUACCUGCAGAACCUGGAGGCCCAGCGGGACGCCUACUCCGAUGAAGAGUGUCUCUCUGACCGCAACGACUCCAAAAACUCCGCCAACUCUCAGAAGAGGAAGAAGAGGCGACACAGGACGGUGUUCACGUCCCACCAGCUGGAGGAGCUGGAGAAGGCCUUCCACGAGGCCCACUACCCCGACGUCUACGCCCGAGAGAUGCUGGCCAUGAAGACCGAGCUCCCCGAGGACCGGAUACAGGUCUGGUUCCAGAACCGCCGGGCCAAGUGGAGGAAGCGGGAGAAGUGCUGGGGCCGCAGCAGCGUGAUGGCGGAGUACGGCCUGUACGGCGCCAUGGUGAGGCACUCCAUCCCGCUGCCCGAGUCCAUCCUCAACUCCGCCAAGAACGGCAUGAUGGGGUCCUGCGCUCCAUGGCUGCUCGGUGAGCCGCAUGCACGAAUGCACAAGAAGUCUCAAGAAAUAACCAAAAAGUGUCCCAGCCCUCGGGAGGCGGACCCGACUCGACCCGACUCGUUCUGCGACGCCCCACAGCGACACGGCGCCGCCGAGGCUCGGCAGGAGGAGCUGCCGGUGAUGGAGGAGGAGGAGUUGGAGGAGGAGGUGGCCAUCGACCUAUCCAGCUCCUCUAAGCAGCAGCAGGAGCCCAGGAGCUCGAUAAGCCCCGCCUCCUCGCGGCAGAGCGGCAGCGAAUCGGACGACCGCAGCUGAAGGCCGGAGGAGUGAAUGCAGCGAUUUGAUUGGCUGUUCGCAGACAGACGGCUAAAGAGACAACGAGGCAAAAUGAAAUAGCUCGAACUGCUGCUCUCGGUUAGCACGGCAACACAUUAGCAUGCUAACAUUACAAUUCUGCCGCCGGCAGAUCGACCCCAAGGAAUCGGACUGAGAGUUGACCUUUGACCUGUUUCAGGAAGACGUAUACGUCUCUGUGUGUUUGAAUAUUGUAUUGUACUGAGAGUAUGUUUUAUAUCCGUGUUUUGGGGAAAAUAAGAGUCUAUUUCCUGUUUACUUCCUGUUGUGUUUAAUUGACAGUUUGUCAAGCACUGACUGAAGCUCUGUGAGUGAAUGUAAUUUAAAUGUGAUAUUUUAAAUGGUGGUUAUUAUUAUUAUUACUAUCAUUAUUGGGAUUAUUAUCAUUAACAUGUACAGAAGCCGAUUGGUGAAUAAAAAAGUAUUUUUGGAA